AUGGAAUUACAAAAUUAAUUACGAUCUUACUUGAGCUCAUAUGAAGCAUAUCCUUAUGUUAGAGAUUUAAAGUUAAGAGUGCUUUACGGUGAUAAGUAAGAAUAGAUAGUAAAAUAAGAUAACUUAUCAAAUUAGUUCAAUAAUGUUUGGCCUGUUUCUUAGUUGACAGUGAAGAAUCACCUAUUUUAAGAUUAUUAGCAUUAAAAGUAAUAAAAUUAAGUAAUCUUUAUAAUAGUUGAAUAAAGAAUUAUCUGAAACAUUUAAUGAAGAUUACAUUCAUUUGAUGUAAAAGAUUGUUCUCCCAAAAAUGGAAUAGAUUGCUCUAUUUGAAAUAGAUUCAAAAGACUAUGAUAGAGGCAAACUGUAUUUUUUAAGAAAUCAGAAACCGCAUUAAGGUAUGUAGAGUACAAAAGUAGUUAAGGUAACAAAGAGUUGCAGACAUUAGGAGUUUAAUUUUUGAGAGUAACUUUAGAAUGUAUAAGGAUUUGGGGAAGAUGGUUUCCUUUAGAUAAAAUUCAUCAUAGAUUAAGUUUAUAUCGUGUAGCAUACGAGAGAUUAUACAAUUUAGGCGUAUUAUUUCCAGAAAUUUAAUAUUUUGACCUUAAUUAAGUUCAUUUAAAUUUGCCUUUUACUUUUCCACCUUUAUCAAUGAUGAUGCAAUUAAAGAGUUUUUUAAGUGAACAUUCUAGAGCCAGUACAAAAGAAAUCUGCAAAUAUUUAGAGUCUAAUCUUCCUCAAGAAUAUCAUCAGACUUAAUAUUCAUCCUAUGCUGAAUUAUUUUAAACUAUUGUCAAAAAACAUAUUAUCAAAAAACAUAAAUAAGCUAGACUAGCUAAUUUAUUUCUUGAACGUGAUCCACAAUUUUAAGAAAUUUAAGAAAUUGAAGAACAUGAAGAAUGGACGUAAUUGUAAAGAUUGCAAAUUGAAAAUCAGCAACUUUCUUAUCUUAAUAAUAUGCAUUAAUAAAAAAUGCAAGAGUUAUAAAAAUAAAUUAUUGAAACUCAAAACAAAAAUUUAUUGUUAUCAUAAUAUUUUUAAGAAAGAUAAUUAUUAAUAGAGCGAUAUGAAACUAAUUUCAAAUUAUUGGAAAAGAAAUAUGAUAAAUUAUAAUAGGAUUAAAAAAAUAAUACUUCGUAAAAUCCAUACAUUCUUGCCUAAUAUGAAAAAAAUGUAAUUAUUACUAUUCCUUUAUUAGAUAGCUGAAUUUCAUAUAUAAUAUGGAAUUUCUUAUUCUGAUAUUUAAUGUCACAAAUUAAGAUCUGAAAAUAAGUAUCUAUAAAAACAAUUGGAUGAAUCUGAUUGUAUGUAGAAUAAAAUUAACCAUGAUAAAGAUGUGUUAUUAACUGAAAAUAAAUUAUUAUCAACAAGAAUUUCUCAACUUUCUCAAAAAAUUACAAAAGGAACAAAGGUAGAAAAAGAAGACUUAAAGACUUAAGAAGAAUUUAAAUUAUACAAAUAAAAAUCAAAUUUAGUUUAAUAUGAAUAAGUUAUGAUUUGUUAAAAAUAGUAAAUUACUUAAUUAAAAGAAGAAUUAAUAAAAAUGAGCGAUAAAAAAUAUAGUGUUUAAAAUUAGACUUAAAGAGUGAAUACUAAUAAAUAUGAUAAUAAGAAAUCUAUUCAUAGAUAAUCUAAAAUAAUCAUGCCACCAAUACUUGAAUAUGAUCCAACAAUAUUUUCAAUUAAUCCUAAUAUUUUUAACACUAGAUUUAGAUAAGCCUGCUUUACUUCUAAAGCUAUAAUUCAUUAAGAUGAUCUAAUUUAAAUAACAACUCAUACGUUAUUAAAAAAUAAGAAAUUAUUCAUUACAUUAUCCAUUGAGAACAAAUCAAAUAUUAAGCUUUCUGGCUUCAAAUUAUAAUUACAUGAAGUAGAAUAAUUAAUGAUUUAUGUAUAAGAAGAAAUUAAAAAUGAUUUAAACCCAGGUGAUAUUUAGAAAUUUAAGUUAGAAAUUUCUAUUAAAGAAAUACCAUAUAUUUUAUAAGAGGCAUAAAUUUCUUUCUCAAAUAAAAAUGUAUCACUUGGAAUUCCUUGUACUAUCAAUAAAUUUCUAACUUUUAAAUCAUGUCAACAAAUACCAUAAUCAUUUUUUUAUUAAUGUAAACCAUUUCUUACAGGUUCCUAAAAUUCAAUACCUAAUUUAUUGCCUGAAUUUGAAAUAAUUAGUUAAUCUGAUACAGAAAUAAUUGUUUUAGCUUAAGCAGAUUUUGAUGAAGAAUUAUUUGAGAUUAUGAUUACCUGUAGAAAAAGUUUGAUGCAAAUUAAAAUAAAUGGUGUUUAAAAUGAUAAACUUGUUAAAACUAUUAUUUCCACUCUCUAGGGACUAUUUUUAAAAAGAUGA